CUACUUCAUAACUCCGCCACGUAAGUAACGAGCGUCGUCACAAUCCGAAAAAAAGCGUCCGAUAUAAUCCUCGCUGCAUUCGUCGCCGACGAUAGUCAUCUACCACCGGAGAAAUGGCUACCUCCGUCGCUCUCAAGAGAGGCAUCACUGCAGUUACUCCUCUCAACAGGCUUUUUGCUCCAAUCCGUUCCGUCUCUGCCGCUCCUUGCCUCCGACGGUCGUUCAAUACUGAUUCCUCUCAGGUUUCCGCUUAUGAAGAUUUUAAUCGAAGCGUUGAUGCGGAUCGCCGUCCUGAUUCGUCCGUCUAUCGCCGCCGUGACAACGAUUUCUUCUUAGAUCUGUUUGAUCCAAUCUCUCCGACGAGAAGCCUGAGCCAGAUACUCAACAUGAUGGACAAAUUCGUGGACAAUCCGUUCAUGUCCGCAUCUCGUGGAAUAGGAUUCGGACCAAGGAGGUCAUGGGACGCAAAUGAAAACGAAGAGACUCUCAGCCUACGGUUUGACAUGCCAGGCCUGGACAAAGACAAUGUCAAGAUCUCUGUCGAACAGAACACACUAAUCAUCAAAGCGGAGGCGGAGAAGGAGUCGGAGGAUGAUGAUGAGCCGCCGCGGAGGUACUCUUCGAGAAUCGAUCUGCCGAUGGAUGUAUACAAGCUGGAGGAGAUCAAGGCGGAGAUGAAGAAUGGUGUGCUGAAAAUUACGGUUCCGAAAGUGAAGACAGAGGAAAGGAAAGAAGUGAGGCAGAUUCAAGUAGAGUGAAUAUGAGAUGGUUUUAGUUGGAGUAGAAAAUAACAAAUGGUUUUUGUGCUAAUUGUGGUCAAUACUUGUUGAAUUUGCUUGUACUGAACUUCUUUGAUUUGCAUAUUAAUGGGUUUGUUCUACUAAAAA